UUAGCAGGUUAAACUUUUCUUUUAUCCAGACAGUGGUAGUUCUCAACCUUGGCUAUAUCAUGGGGAGAGGGGUGCUUUUAAAAGUUUGUAGCCUAGGCUCUACUCCAGAACAAUUAAAUGAGGCUAUCUGGGAUGAGACGCAGGCAUCAGUAAUUUUAAAAUCUCCCCAGGUGAUUCCAGUGUGCUAUACGGGAACUCAUAAAAUAAAAUUUAGGUAAGCAUAUGACUUUUUUCCCCCCAUGAAAGUUCCAUGCUGCCUACCAACAAAGGUAUUAGAAGUUUUUAAAUUAGGCUACACCAUUUACAAGAUCUGACUUUCGGCAAGUUCUUUAGCCUGAUGAUGAAAUGAGGUCAUAAUGAAAAGUUUCAAGUGCAAUGAGGAGCACAAAGUAGGUCUUUAACAACCAUUGAUUUCCUUCACCUUUAAAAGUGGUACAAAUUUGAAUAAAUGAGGACUGUAAACCAUCAUUCCUCCUCUGUUAGAUUUAGGGCAGUCUUACUUAUCAGGUGUGACUAACAACAAAGCUCUUGUAUUAUCAACAUAGAAAAUAACACAAGGCUCAAUUACUAAAUUCACUCCUCUCAGUGCAGAGAUUAGAUAGGGCCUCACACUCUGUAGUUAAAGUCAUCAACUGAGAACUUGAUACUAGCAGAUAGAAUGUACCAAGAGUUAAGUAUGUUAUGUUAAGUGUGUGCUGAAGAAACUAUGCACCUCUUGGAUAUUUUUUCUUGAAAACAUGUUUAAACUCUGCCCAAUAAAAGAAAAAUUCUGAAUUCUUUCCUUUAAAAAUAUUUUGCUCUUUUGGACUUUGGGGAAAGUUUAUGUCCCUUCUUGGAUGCCCUUGUAUACACUACAGGGUCUAGAACUAUGCCUUAUAUAAAAUAUUUAGAUAUUCAUUAAAUACUUGAUUAAUGAAUGUUCUCCUCUGAAAGAUAAGAAAAACUUUUGUUGAUUUAUAUGACUAUUAUCCAUAUGCUUUGAAAUAAAGCAACAACAGAAGCUUACAAAUAUUUGUUUCAUUUUCUAAGUUGAUGUAGUGCCCGUCUUUCUUUAAAGAGGGACUUUUGUGAAAUGAACUGUUCUUAAUCUUUCUGGUGUGAACUAUGAGGGCCGAGGUUUUGAUCAUGACUCCUCAGAGGGGUGGAAUUUAAAGAAACAAGUGGUGAGCACACAGUGGGCUGCAGUUAGUGACUUCUGCCACUCUCCAACGUUUGGCAGCUUUCCCAAAGCAGCCUAAACAGUUCUUGGGAUUCUUGAGCUUAAUAAUCAUAAGCAAAGGGUGGAGUUCUAAUCCUUUUAAGCGAAAGAUAAACGCUGUGGAAGGUGUGUCUUCCAGUGUUCCACUCCCAAGUGUUGAGAUCACGUGAGCUGAAAGUACUUCCCUAUUCCCAGCGUCGGUCUCCCCUAGGCAGUGAUCAGAGUUUGAAAGGGACACUGCAAGGAAGGGGUAAGGCAGAAGUAGACUGGAAGGAAGUUUAAACACAGAAAAAAAGCACAGGACUUCUAUAACAAUGCCACACUUUACCGUGACUAAGGUAGAGGACCCCGAGGAGGGGGCAGCAGCUUCAGUCUCCCAGGAGGGGGAGACCAGUUUAGCAGAAGUAAAAGCCCGGAUUCAGCAUUCAGAUGAACCAGACCCAAGUCAGAACUCCAUCACAGGGGAACACAGCCAGCUGUUAGAUGAUGGCCAUAAGAAAGCUCGAAAUGCUUAUCUCAGUAAUUCCAAUUAUGAAGAAGGAGAUGAAUAUUUUGAUAAAAACUUGGCACUCUUUGAGGAGGAAAUGGACACCAGACCAAAGGUGUCUUCUCUCCUCAACCGCAUGGCUAAUUACACUAACCUGACUCAAGGAGCAAAGGAACAUGAAGAGGCAGAGAACAUCACUGAAGGGAAAAAGAAGCCCACCAAGACUCCCCAAAUGGGUACCUUCAUGGGUGUCUACCUCCCAUGUCUACAAAAUAUCUUUGGAGUGAUCCUGUUUCUACGCCUUACAUGGGUAGUGGGCACAGCUGGAGUUCUUCAGGCCUUUGCAAUUGUCCUUAUUUGCUGCUGCUGUACAAUGUUGACUGCUAUUUCCAUGAGUGCCAUUGCGACCAAUGGAGUGGUGCCAGCUGGGGGCUCAUACUUUAUGAUUUCCCGGGCACUGGGCCCAGAGUUUGGUGGAGCUGUUGGCCUCUGCUUUUAUCUUGGUACCACAUUUGCAGCAGCCAUGUAUAUCCUUGGUGCCAUUGAAAUUUUUCUGGUAUAUAUUUUCCCCCGGGCUGCCAUCUUUCGUAGUGAUGAUGCACUCAAGGAAUCAGCAAACAUGCUAAAUAACAUGCGUGUCUACGGCACAGCCUUCUUAGUCCUCCUGGUGUUGGUGGUGUUCAUAGGUGUACGCUACGUGAACAAGUUUGCCUCGCUUUUUCUGGCCUGUGUCAUUGUGUCCAUCUUGGCCAUCUAUGCUGGAGCCAUCAAGUCAUCUUUUGCCCCUCCACACUUCCCGGUCUGCAUGCUGGGUAACCGCACCCUUUCAUCAAGACACAUUGACAUUUGCUCAAAGACCAAGGAAAUGAACAACGUGACAAUACCAUCAAAGUUAUGGGGCUUCUUCUGUAACUCAAGUCAAUUUUUCAACGCCACCUGUGACGAAUAUUUUGUUCACAAUAAUGUCACAUCAAUCCAGGGCAUUCCUGGAUUGGCUAGUGGUGUCAUUACAGAGAAUCUUUGGAGUAAUUAUCUACCAAAGGGAGAGAUCAUUGAAAAGCCCUCAGCCAAAUCUUCUGAUGUCUUAGGCAACUUAAACCACGAGUAUGUCCUUGUUGACAUUACCACCUCCUUUACACUUCUGGUGGGGAUCUUCUUUCCCUCUGUCACAGGCAUCAUGGCUGGAUCAAACAGAUCUGGAGAUCUGAAAGAUGCUCAAAAGUCUAUUCCCAUUGGCACUAUCCUUGCCAUCCUGACCACCUCAUUUGUCUAUUUAAGCAAUGUUGUCCUUUUUGGCGCAUGUAUUGAAGGCGUUGUUCUCAGAGACAAGUUUGGGGAUGCUGUGAAAGGGAAUCUGGUGGUAGGUACCUUAUCUUGGCCAUCCCCAUGGGUGAUUGUUAUUGGCUCCUUCUUCUCAACAUGUGGGGCUGGACUUCAAAGUCUCACAGGGGCACCACGGCUGCUACAAGCUAUAGCAAAGGAUAACAUCAUACCCUUUCUGAGGGUUUUUGGUCACAGCAAAGCCAAUGGGGAACCUACCUGGGCUUUACUUCUGACUGCUGCCAUUGCAGAGCUGGGAAUCCUUAUUGCGUCUCUGGAUCUUGUGGCCCCAAUUCUUUCCAUGUUUUUUCUCAUGUGUUACCUCUUUGUAAACUUGGCAUGUGCCUUGCAAACAUUACUUCGAACACCCAACUGGAGACCCCGGUUCCGCUACUACCACUGGGCCCUUUCUUUCAUGGGAAUGAGUAUCUGUCUGGCUUUGAUGUUCAUUUCUUCCUGGUAUUAUGCCAUCGUAGCUAUGGUAAUAGCUGGUAUGAUCUACAAGUACAUUGAGUACCAAGGAGCUGAGAAAGAAUGGGGUGAUGGUAUCCGUGGGCUGUCCCUCAGUGCUGCUCGGUUUGCUUUGCUUCGCCUGGAGGAAGGACCUCCACACACUAAAAACUGGAGGCCUCAGUUGCUUGUGUUGCUGAAACUAGAUGAAGACUUACACGUCAAACAUCCUCGCCUCCUCACCUUUGCUUCACAGCUUAAAGCAGGAAAGGGACUCACUAUUGUAGGCUCUGUCAUUGUGGGGAACUUCCUGGAGAACUAUGGUGAAGCUUUAGCUGCUGAACAGACCAUAAAGAACCUAAUGGAGGUAGAGAAGGUAAAAGGAUUCUGCCAGCUGGUGGUGGCCGCCAAGCUGAAAGAGGGUAUUUCCCACCUCAUCCAGUCAUGUGGCCUUGGAGGCAUGAAGCACAACACAGUGGUGAUGGGGUGGCCUAAUGGCUGGCGCCAAAGUGAAGAUGCUCGGGCUUGGAAGACUUUUAUUGGCACAGUUCGAGUGACAACUGCUGCCCACUUGGCCCUGCUAGUGGCAAAAAACAUCUCGUUCUUUCCCAGCAACGUGGAGCAGUUUUCUGAGGGCAACAUUGAUGUGUGGUGGAUUGUGCACGAUGGGGGGAUGCUCAUGCUGCUACCGUUCUUACUUAAACAGCACAAGGUGUGGCGAAAAUGCAGCAUACGGAUCUUCACAGUAGCCCAACUAGAGGACAAUAGUAUUCAAAUGAAGAAGGACCUGGCCACCUUCCUGUAUCACCUGCGCAUUGAGGCAGAGGUGGAAGUGGUGGAGAUGCACGACAGUGACAUAUCAGCUUAUACCUAUGAACGCACUCUGAUGAUGGAGCAAAGGUCCCAGAUGCUCCGGCACAUGCGACUUUCCAAGACAGAGCGGGACAGAGAGGCACAGUUGGUAAAAGAUCGGAAUUCAAUGCUACGAUUGACCAGCAUUGGCUCUGAUGAGGAUGAAGAGACAGAAACUUAUCAGGAGAAGGUGCACAUGACUUGGACAAAAGACAAGUACAUGGCAUCCCGGGGGCAAAAGGCCAAGUCAAUGGAAGGAUUCCAGGACCUGCUUAACAUGCGCCCGGACCAGUCCAAUGUGAGGCGGAUGCACACAGCAGUGAAACUCAAUGAGGUUAUAGUUAACAAGUCCCAUGAAGCAAAGCUGGUUUUGUUGAAUAUGCCAGGGCCACCCCGAAACCCUGAGGGUGAUGAAAACUACAUGGAGUUCCUCGAAGUGCUCACUGAGGGACUGGAGCGCGUCCUUCUUGUCCGAGGUGGUGGCAGUGAAGUGAUCACCAUUUAUUCAUAAUCUACUCCUGAAUGACUCUGCUUGGCUUCAUCUCUCUUAAAAGGCUUCCGUCCUCCAUGGAAGUGCCAGCUCUUUACUACCAUGCCCACCAACUAGAGGCCUGUGUUCUGUACACCUCACCUGAAUGAACUCGACGAGCUGUACAUCAAGAUCUUGUGCAAAAAAGUAAAAAUAGCUCUGCUCUUUCCUCCCAUAUGAUCUGCUGUCCUUACAAAAGAAUCAAAUAUUCCCUCAACAUUAGAAAAAUGGUCAAAUCCUAAAGCCAUGUUGGUACCAGUUGAAGGCAAGUUAGAAUUAACAAGCUAAACCAAUAAAAUGAAUUGGUAGAAAGGGUACUAGAAAUUCAACUGAAGACAAAAAGCAAGUAAUAAUCCAACAUCAAAGAUAAGUCUUGGAAGUCAUGGUUCCUUGAUAACACCAUGAGAGUAACAGAGAAAUACUAAGGGAUUCAUGGUCAAUUAUAUGGAGACCUAACAUCCUGGAGAAGAUAACCUGUAGCAAGCCAAGAUGAAAACUUUUUUGUGCUAAUUGUUUUGAGUGUAUCCACUGUUUCCAGGACUCUUAUUUUGUAUUAGGUUACUGAUGUACAAAACUGAAACAUGGCUACAGCUUCUACUACUUCCUCCAAAACAAGGUUUCCCCCCAAAUACCAGGUUUAGGUACACAUACUGGAUUGUGUGUUUCAGCUGUUGGUUUCUCAAAGCCCUGUGGUUAAAAUUGUAAUACAGGCAGUGUUACCAUGGAAAUUGUUUUUAAACAGGGGAGUAAAAAUUAUCUCUUUCAAAUGGCCAAACUAAGGAAAUUCUAAAGAUAGCUAUUAAGAUUUACUGAAAUAUAAUCUGGUUACCUAUGUGACAUGGGCAAAACAUAUAAGCUGUUAUCUAAGAAAUAUGGAUGAUGAUGCAUAUUGACCAAUAGGUUCACCUUUGCUUCUCCCUUUUAUGCCCGCUGGGUUAGUAGGCACAGGUCAAAAAUCAUACGAACACUAAGACUGGCUAAAAUUUUUCCCCAAACAGUGUCUGUCUUUUAAAGGGGAAAUCCAGCAAUGGAAUUAUAAGUUCCUGAGCCAUACAUAGUGCCAAAGUUACUGAGAUGCUGCUACUCUGCUUACCUGCUUCACUAAAGUGGCAUACAGUUGGCCUUGGCCUAUUUCAAGAAACUUUUUUCACUAAGAAUCCUAUGGACUCAUUUCUAAAGCCAUAGCGAAGACUUGAGGCACUCACCUAAAUGCCCAGAGAUGCACAUUUCCCUUUCAAUUUUAUUCUUUAUUCUGAGUGCAGAAACUUGGUUCUAAACCAAGAUUGUCCAAGCCAAUAGUCUUCUCCUAUUCAGUUUUGUUUUAGAAGCUUUAAGUGUGUUACAGAAAUACAUAUGCAAGCUUAGCUUUUUAUUUGCUAAUUUACUGAUCACAAAACACCUGCCUGGCUGUCAAGCAUAGGGAAAUUACCCCAUGUGACUAAGUGGUAAUUUCAAAUAUAUGAGGUCAUUUCUUUUACAGGAUAGGUUAUUUAGAGAAACUAUUUGUCUGUCUUUAUGGCUGCUUUUGAAUUUCACUUUAUUGAUCAAUAGUGCCACUUUUUGAUUACCCGAUAGGAUAUGAAGCUUUUGAUUACCCAAAAGGAUACGGAACAAGCCGACCUAGGCCCCAGCAGACUGUUCAUUUGACCCUUACGGACAGAGAAAACCUGUCAACAUGGCUUAAGCAAUUGGAAAUUAAGCAUUUCCAUUUGUUCCUUUUGCUUUUCCUUCAACCUCCGGGCCCAGUCAGAAUUGCAAAGCAGACAGAAUCUUGUCUUUUUUUCUGCUCCUUCCUGCAGUGGGUGGAAGCACUGUUUACAACUUCCAUUGCAACACUCCAUUGCCUAGUUGAGGAUGGGUUCCCCAGGACCCAAAAUAUUAAAGAUCCAUGCUCUAAAGGUCAGCCUGUCUGGGAAUUCCUCUACAUUUACACAGACCCUCUUGCCUAGGCGGCAUAUAUAAAAUAUAUAUACACACACACACACAUAUAUAUUGCAUAUAGAAAAAAUAUGGGCAGAAGUUAGUUAGUUUUAAGUUUUUUGUGGUUGAAGCUCUAUAAGAAUCUUUUAAAGGGAUAAGAGAAUUAGUGGCUACUAAUACAGCCACUACUUCAGCCGCUAAAACAAAAUCACUGUUACGUGGGAAGAUGGUUAUUAGGCCAGAUUUAAACUCAUCUCUGUCUAGAGAAUUUCAUGUCUUUGUGUUGCUCAUGUUGUUUGUCUGCAAAGUGUCUUGUCUCUUUUAAUCACUGCAAAUAAAGCAAUACCGAAAAGAUGCACCUUAGGGGAAGGGGUUUUGUGUUUCAAGAAGAGAAAAAAAACUUCCUCUGCCUUUUGAAUAAGAUCCAGCUUUUAAGUCUUAGCUAUGACUUUACCAGGGCAGGUUAUGAUAACAUACAUUUUCCAAUUGCUGGCCCUCUGCCUUCUAUAGCUAUCUUAAAAGCUGAAGUUUGAACUGUAGCAUCUGCUUGACAGGUACCAGGUUCCUCUUGGCAGGGGAAAGAUGACCACUUUGUAUUUUCCAUUGCCUCAGAUUCCUGUGGCCCCAACAAUUCCUCCAAUCCUCAUUCCCCCUAAACGUGUUAAAAACCCAUUAUUGUGGAUAUUAAAGUCGCAAUUACGCUGUAAGC